AUGACUGACGAAAUCUCUCCCGAACGCCGUCGAAUCAUCGAGUGGAUUGACUGCAUCACCGACAGUCCACCCGAGCCCAUUAUCUCGACCGACAACAAAUCUUCAUCAGCCGCGCCCGCCGACAACAAGCUCAAGCGUCGGUGGCCUUGGUCGCCCUCGUCUUCGAUCGAGAUGUCGUCGCCAACCAAACGACGACGAGAAUCGCAGUCAUCAUCCCUCGCCUCUUCAUCGCACAGCCAUACAACCGACAAUGUGGACACCCCACGCGCGGGCAAGAGCCAACGUCCUAACCUGCCCGCCCGAACACCCUCCCAGGCCAGCAGAGCCAGCAAAGCCAGCAGCGCCUCGCGCGUCUCCCCUACGAAACAAAUUGCCAACCGACAGAACAAGCCCUGGCCCGUCCUCGUCCAACAAUACGACCCCGAUGAGCCCGACAUUCCGCCCUCCCUGCGACGUGUAUGGACGGCUUUGUCCUCGUUUGGUCUCGGGAAAGGUAUCAUCUCCAGGUCCAAAAAGGACGAAAUCGCACAAGCCAAAGAGACGUCAGCGCGGUUCGACUCGAUAGAUGGAGACUGGUUCUUUGACGAGAACUCCACGAGGGACCAGCUAGGGCCUUCGCCGACCGUCGCACAAGUCACGAGUAUGCUCGACGCCGCAAAGACAUGCGCAAAUGAGAAGUACGACGAGGCUUCAUGGAAUUCGUGCCUGCACCAGCACAUUCUCCAGCUUGCCUUGCCCAUGAUGAGCGCAAAGCAGGAUAACGUCUUUUUUUUGCCUUGGUACGUCAAGCCCACCUGUCGAUGCCUCUUGCAAUCCUGCCUGUAUGCCCAGCUAACCAUCUCUCUUAGUGCGACGGCUAAGAUCCUCGACACAUACAUCGAUUCUCGCGGCCCCGCCCGAAAGGUCGACUUCUGCUUCGUGAUGGAGCCUGGCCCGCAGGCGGCUCAGGCCAUCACCGCGAUCCAGCACGAGGACGACCUGUUCAGCGCGUCUAUCAACCACACCGAUUAUACCCCAUUCCGCCGUCGCCCCAUCGUCUUGAGCAUCGAAAGCAAGGUGGAGGGCUCGGGGAUCAACGAUGCCCAGGCUCAGCUUCUUAUCUGGCUUGAGGCCCAGUGGCGCCUACUGCGCCGGCUAGCGAGCCGCGGCGACACUCCCCGCCCUCUGCCCGAUUUCCUCCCCGCCAUCAUCAUUGAAGGUCACAAGUGGUACUUCCUGGCUUGUCCGAAUAAGGAGAAAAAAACGGUUCUGUGGUCGGAGCUUUUUCUUGGCUCCACGCAGCACGCCAUCGGCGUCUACUCGAUUGUUUGCUGUUUGCAGUACCUCUCUCGCUGGAUCACAGACGAGUAUUGGCCGUCUUUCCAACGCAUCUUGUCUACUCCCACACCUCCUGCGACACCUGAUUCGACUGGUUGA